AUAGACAAAGACUGAACUCAGCGCAGGGAAGGCGAGCCGCCCUGCCAGCCCGCAGUGAGUGGGUUAAGCACCUCCUUAAGAGCUCAUUCAGUAGGCAGCGGGCAGUGCUAUCUCCUACCGUGGUGUUGAAAGCACUAGGCUCUGGCAUCGGUCUCUCACUCGAGACUUUUUGGAUCUUGAUAAAGCUGUUGUUGCUGAGUCCUGAGACCCUCCCACCUUCUCGGAUUGUCAAGUGUUGGGGUUUUGCUUCUUGUCUCUUCCCCAACUGGUUCAUCCUUUUCGGCACUCUUUCCUUUUUUCUUUUUCUUUUUUCUUUUUUCCUGAGAAUCCAGUUUCUGGUCACAAGAGAUGGCCACAAAGAUCGACAAAGAAGCCUGCCGGGAAGCAUACAAUCUCGUGCGGGAUGAUAGCACAAAUGUCAUCUGGGUGACUUUUAAAUACAACGGGUCCACCAUUGUGCCUGGAGAACAGGGAACCGAGUACCAGUCCUUUAUCCAGGAAUGCACAGAUGACAUUCGAUUGUUUGGGUUUGUUCGGUUUACCACGGGGGAUGCGAUGAGCAAGAGAGUGAAGUUUGCCCUCAUCACUUGGAUUGGCGAGAACGUCAGUGGGCUGCAAAGAGCCAAGACAGGGACGGACAAGACCCUCGUGAAGGAAGUCGUACAGAAUUUUGCAAAAGAGUUCGUGAUCAGCGAUCCAAAGGAAUUGGAGGAAGAUUUCAUCAAGAGCGAGUUGAAGAAAGCGGGAGGUGCAAAUUAUGAUGCACAGACAGAAUAAAUGGCCAGUAUCAUCUCACCAAUAUCAUCUGCCUGCUUCCCCCCCCCAUCCUGCCAAGGGAUGCCAGCAACCGACCAACCAGCCAGCUCACCAGGGAAGCGGGAUGUGAGACAGUGCAGCUAACGGGUGUCUGCACCCAGAUGCCCGUGCCUUCUCUCCAUUCCUUGUUGGGAAUCAUCUUUGGUUUUGCUUUUUUUUUUUCCUCCUUAAUUUGAUGCAAAAGUUUUACAGGUAAAUCAGAUUUGCAGGUGCCUCCAGCUACAAGGCCCCUUCCCGGUUUCUGUCCUCCUCCGAGCUCAAUCACGCCAUUGCUUUUCAGCACCUGCUGAGCAUCCUUAUUGUGGUUUUUGGCACCUUUGACAACGAGGCAAAUACCAUUCCAAGAACUGCUUGAAUGGCUUUCAGAAUUCAUAGGAUCCACAUGAUUAUUUGAUCCAAAGGCUCUCACCCUUCUGAGUUUGUCCGAGGUAUACCUCAGUCAGAGUUGCCUAAGCUUAGAUCUACUAGAUAUAAUGUGACUUAGUAGUUUCCAAAAAUUAUCUCCAACCCCGGGUUAAAGAAAGAAAUAAAACUUGCCUUAAAACUUGCUUGGCAGUUGCUCUGAUUUGUAAUGGUUAGUUCCAUUUUCCCCUCUUACACUUUCCUCCAGUUUGUAAUUCCCAGUUAGAAUCCUCCUAUGGUCACAGUUAAGAAUGGCAGAAGUCUGGACACAGAGGCUGUUUCCAGGUUCGCCAUGGAGGAAAGGGCAUGGGUAACAGUGGCCAAAGUUGCAACAGUUGUGUUGCACCUUGGACCCUUCUCACCCUCCUUGUGUCUAACAGCCAUCUGUUUGCCCUCAAGAAGGCCCUUCUACCCAAUG